CACGUCGCGUUCAAUUGAAUUAAGUGCUACACCAAACACUUGUAUGUAAACCUAUUUGCAAUUGUCAUUUCUUGAGUAAAGUUUGAUGGGUUUUUUUCUGCAAUAAUGUUUAUGAUAUUAGCAACAGUAGCUGGUGCAAUUGGUGGUAUAUACCUGUUAGUAAAAUUAAAAUUACCAUGGUUACGUAGUGAUUUCAAAUUUUUAAAACUGGUAAUAGGACUCGGAAAGGAUUUGGCGACAUGCAAGAGAAGAAAUAUACUGCCAAUCGAUAUCUUUGAGAAAACAGCUGAUAAGUUUACUACAAAGCCCAUGAUCAUCUAUAAAGGCGUGUCGUACAGUUUCAUGGAAGUGGAUAAAAUGGCAAAUAAAUUGGCCAAUGUAGCAUUGGGAUUAGGAAUAAAACAAGGUGAUACUGUAGCUAUGCUGAUGUACAAUGAACCGGCAUUUGUUUGGACCUGGUUUGGUUUUGAGAAAAUUGGAGUGGAAGUUGCCUUCAUUAACUUUCAUCAGAGGAAGAAGACAUUACUCCACAGUUUAACAAUAGGUGGCGCAAAGGCCAUCUUUAUGAAUAGUGGCAUAUAUUUAUACCAGGCUAUAGACGAUAUUGCCAAUGACUUAAAAGACAUAGAAUUCUACACAUUAGAACCUCCAAACAGCGACAUACCGUCUAGGUUUAAAAGCUUAGCAGAUGAUCUUAAAACAGCAGCUGACCAAAGAAUACCACGUGACAAGAGGUCGAGUGUCACCAUGAAGUCUACAAAUUGUUUGAUAUUUACCUCGGGUACAACAGGCUUACCAAAACCUGCUAUCGUGAAACAUACAAAGUGUAUAAUUGGUGGGUUUCUAUACAGCUAUUGUCACGUGACACCAGAUGAUAUAUUGUACGAAUGUCUUCCUUUAUAUCAUUCAGCUGGAUGUCUUAUAGGAAUUGGGACAUCACGGAAAAAUGGAGUUACAAUCGUUUUGGCGGAAAAGUUUUCUGCCAGUAAAUUCUUUGAAGAAUGCCAUCUGAACAAUGUCACAAUGAUUCAUUAUGUGGGUGAAAUGUGUCGAUAUUUGGUCAACUCACCAAAGAGCGAUUAUGAUACAAAUCAUAAGAUAAGAGUUGCGCUUGGAAAUGGACUUAGGAAAGACGUGUGGACAAUGUUUCAAAAGAAGUUUAAGAUUGACCAAAUUCUAGAGUUUUAUGGUGCAACUGAAAUGCCAGUAGGAUUCAUAAAUAUUGAAAACGCUGUUGGUUCAGUUGGCAGAGUUUCUCCAUUGAUCAAACGAAUCUUUCGGACCAACUUUGUGAAGUUUGACACAGAUAUGGACCAACCUGUACGGGAUGAAAAAGGCCAUUGCAUUACAGCUGCGCCUUAUGAACCUGGACUUCUUAUUUGUUCACUCAGUGAACAAACUCCUUUUGAAGGAUACAAAAACCGGAACGAAGCAACCAAACGGAAACUUAUCCAUGACGUUUAUAAAAAAGGAGAUAUUUACAUUAAUUCUGGAGACCUGUUUUACCAUGACGAAAACCAUUAUUGUUAUUUCUAUGAUAGGCUUGGAGAUACAUAUAGAUGGAAAGGUGAAAAUGUUUCAACAACUCAAGUAGCUAACAUUAUCACAGAGCUACCAUUUAUAAUAGAUACAUGUGUCUACGGAGUUCUUGUCCCAGGUUCUGAAGGGAGAGCAGGAAUGGCUACAGUCAACUUAUUCGAUUCAGAAAAGAAACAGCCUACAGAAGACAUGAUUUUACAAAUAGAACAACGGUGUAUCAACGAGCUAGAAUCAUACGCUAUACCUAGAUUUUUACGAUUUACACACAUGUUAGACAUUACAUCGACGUUCAAACAAAUAAAGGCAACUCUGAAAAAAGAAGGAUUUGAUCCUGCUGUUGUUAAAGAACCUCUUUAUUACUUUAAUACUAAGAAACAGAAAUAUUGUACUUUGGACAUGGAAAUAGCCAUGGCAAUUGAAAAACAAGAUAUUAAACUAUGA